CUCCGCCUCGUUCACUCGCAUUCACACACAAACACCACAGCUCUCCUUUGGGUCGGAGAAGACGCCAGCCAAAGAAGGCGGGGUUGCAGGAGGAAAGUCCGCUGUGCGUAAUCCAGUCCGGGACUUGGCUCCGCCCGGGAGCCGCGGCCUCUCUGGUGACAGAGGAGUAGUGUGCCUCACGGGGUGAGGCUGCAGCCAACUCCGCUCCCGGCGCACUCAGCUGCCCAGGCGCUCGGGACGCAGCAGCGGCGCUUCUCCCUGGGGCCGACCGCCCGCGAUGCCCGCUUAGGAGCGGUGGCAGCGGCCAGCGUCGCCACACUCGCAGCACAGCGCUCUCGGUCGUAGAGCGGGGAUAGUGGGUGCACCCCAGCCCCAGCCCCCCAUCCUGCUCCCCACCCUGAAAUGACUUGUUAAUCGGCGCAGACACCACCGAAAGGACUCACCGGAGUGGAAUCCAAGUGGAAUUUGGAUUUGGAAAAGAGUUUCUUGAACAUUUACUCCUUCCUUGUUGGCUUUUUCUUUCUUUUUGCCUCUCCCCUUCUCGCCUGUUAUUGGAGAUGAAUACAGAGCGUUUGCAUCCCAGAAAGUAGUCGCAGCGACUGUUAUCCCCAAAGAGACAAGCACACAUGUAGGAAUGACAAAGGCUUGCGAAGAAGAGCGCAGCUCGCGGCCCGGAGAGAGCCCCUCGAUAAUGGAUUACUAAAUGGGAUACACGCCGUACCAGCCUGCUCCGAGCCCCGGCCGCCUACCCGUCGAUGCACCGAAAAGGGUGAAGUAGAGAAAUAAAGUCUCCCCGCUGAACUACUAUGAGGUCAGAAGCCUUGCUGCUAUAUCUCACACUGCUACACUUUGCUGGGGCUGGUUUCCCAGAAGAUUCUGAGCCAAUCAGUAUUUCGCAUGGCAACUAUACAAAACAGUAUCCGGUGUUUGUGGGCCACAAGCCAGCACGGAACACCACACAGAGGCACAGGCUGGACAUCCAGAUGAUUAUGAUCAUGAACAGAACCCUCUACAUUGCUGCUAGGGACCAUAUUUAUACUGUGGAUAUAGACACAUCACACACAGAAGAAAUUUACUGUAGCAAAAAACUGACAUGGAAAUCUAGACAGGCUGAUGUAGACACAUGCAGAAUGAAGGGAAAACAUAAGGAUGAGUGUCACAACUUUAUUAAAGUUCUUCUAAAGAAAAACAACGAUACUUUGUUUGUCUGUGGAACUAAUGCCUUCAACCCUUCCUGCAGAAACUAUAAGAUGGAUACUUUGGAACCUUUGGGGGAUGAAUUCAGUGGAAUGGCCAGAUGCCCUUAUGAUGCCAAACAUGCCAAUAUUGCACUGUUUGCAGAUGGAAAACUAUACUCGGCCACAGUGACUGACUUCCUUGCCAUCGAUGCAGUGAUUUACCGGAGUCUUGGAGACAGCCCAACCCUACGGACCGUCAAGCACGAUUCAAAAUGGUUGAAAGAACCAUACUUUGUUCAAGCAGUGGACUACGGAGACUAUAUCUACUUCUUCUUCAGGGAAAUAGCCGUGGAGUACAACACCAUGGGCAAGGUAGUUUUCCCAAGAGUGGCUCAGGUCUGUAAGAAUGAUAUGGGAGGGUCUCAAAGAGUCCUGGAGAAACAGUGGACAUCUUUCCUUAAGGCUCGCCUGAACUGCUCAGUUCCCGGGGACUCUCAUUUUUAUUUCAACAUCCUCCAGGCGGUUACAGACGUGAUUCGUAUUAAUGGCCGUGAUGUUGUCCUGGCAACCUUCUCCACGCCUUAUAACAGCAUCCCUGGGUCUGCAGUUUGUGCCUAUGACAUGCUUGACAUCGCCAACGUUUUUACUGGGAGAUUCAAAGAACAGAAAUCUCCGGAUUCUACUUGGACACCAGUUCCCGAUGAACGAGUGCCUAAGCCCAGGCCAGGUUGCUGUGCUGGCUCAUCCUCCUUAGAAAAAUAUACAACCUCCAAUGAGUUUCCUGAUGAUACUCUGAGCUUCAUCAAAACGCACCCGCUCAUGGAUGAGGCCGUGCCUUCUAUCAUCAACAGGCCGUGGUUCCUGAGGACGAUGGUCAGAUACCAUCUGACCAAAAUUGCGGUGGACACUGCUGCUGGGCCAUAUCAGAAUUACACUGUGGUUUUCCUGGGAUCAGAGAAGGGAAUCAUCUUGAAGUUCUUGGCCAGGAUAGGAAACAGUGGUUUCCUAAAUGACAGCCUUUUCCUGGAGGAGAUGAGCGUUUACAACCCUGAAAAGUGCAGCUAUGAUGGAAUAGAAGACAAGAGGAUUAUGGGAAUGCAACUGGACAAAGCAAGCAACUCUCUGUAUGUUGCAUUCUCCACCUGUGUGAUAAAGGUUCCCCUUGGCCGGUGUGAACGACAUGGGAAGUGUAAAAAAACCUGUAUUGCCUCCAGAGACCCAUACUGCGGAUGGAUAAAGGAAGGAGGUUCCUGUGCCCACCUGUCACCCAGCAGCAGCCUGACUUUUGAACAGGACAUAGAGCAUGGCAAUACAGAUGGCCUCGGAGACUGUCACAAUUCCUUUGUGGCGCUGAACGGGCACUCCAGUUCCCUCUUGCCCAGCACCACCACGUCAGAUUCGGCGGCUCAAGAGGGGUAUGAGUCUAGGGGAGGAAUGCUGGACUGGAAGGAUUUGCUCGAUUCACCUGACAGCACAGACUCUUUGGGGGCAGUGUCUUCCCAUAAUCACCAAGACAAGAAGGGAGUGAUUCGCGAAAGUUACCUCAAAGGCCAUGACCAGCUCGUUCCUGUCACCCUCUUGGCCAUCGCGGUCAUUCUGGCGUUUGUCAUGGGGGCCGUCUUCUCCGGCAUCAUCGUGUAUUGCGUCUGCGAUCACCGGCGGAAAGACGUGUCCGCGGUGCAGCGCAAGGAGAAGGAGCUCACCCACUCGCGCCGAGGAUCCAUGAGCAGUGUCACCAAGCUCAGCGGCCUCUUUGGUGACACCCAGUCCAAAGACCCGAAGCCAGAGGCCAUCCUCACACCGCUCAUGCACAACGGCAAGCUCACCACUCCCAGCAACACAGCCAAGAUGCUCAUUAAGGCCGACCAGCACCACCUGGACCUGGCGGCCCUGCCCACCCCAGAAUCCACGCCAACGCUGCAGCAGAAGCGGAAGCCCAGCCGCGGCAGCCGCGAGUGGGAAAGGAACCAGAACCUCAUCAAUGCCUGCACAAAGGACAUGCCCCCCAUGGGCUCCGCUGUGAUUCCCACGGACCUGCCCCUCCGGGCCUCCCCCAGCCACAUCCCCAGCGUGGUGGUCCUGCCCAUCACGCAGCAGGGCUACCAGCAUGAGUACGUGGACCAGCCCAAAAUGAGCGAGGUGGCCCAGAUGGCGCUGGAGGACCAGGCGGCCACCCUGGAGUAUAAGACCAUCAAGGAACAUCUCAGCAAGAGUCCCAACCAUGGGGUGAACAUGGUGGAGAACCUGGACAGCCUGCCCCCCAAAGUCCCCCAGCGGGAGGCCUCCCUGGGCCCCCCGGGCGCCUCCCUGUCUCAGAGCGGCCUCAGCAAGCGGCUGGAAAUGCACCAUUCCUCCUCCUACGGCCUUGACUAUAAGAGGAGCUACCCCACGAACUCGCUCACGAGAAGCCACCAGGCCACCACCCUCAAAAGAAACAAUACUAACUCCUCCAAUUCCUCCCACCUCUCCAGAAACCAGAGCUUUGGCCGGGGAGACAACCCGCCUCCCGCCCCGCAGCGGGUGGACUCCAUCCAGGUGCACAGCGCCCAGCCGGCGGGCCAGGCCGGAACUGUUUCGAGGCAGCCCAGCCUCAAUGCCUACAACUCACUGACCCGGUCGGGGCUGAAGCGCACGCCCUCGCUAAAGCCGGACGUACCCCCCAAACCCACCUUCGCCCCCCUUUCCACAUCCAUGAAGCCCAAUGAUGCGUGUACAUAAUCCCAGGGGGCGGGGUCAGGUGUCGAACCAGCAGGAAAGGCGAGGCGCCCGCUCCGCUCCGCUCCGCGCGGUUCCCAGCCACCUGGGGACCCACCAGACCACGACGGCCACCGCAGAGCUGAGGACGCCGCGUCCUCGCCCGGGACUCGGGGGUCCUCUCGAAAAGUGGGCCACAUGGUUUGGUGAAGGUUUGCGACGCGGGACUCACCUCCAUUCUCUUCCUUCACUCUUCCCCCCCCCUUCCCCACACCCUGCAACAGGUCGGACUCACAAAAGACUUAAAUUAUCACAAAUAUGAGCCAAAAGCACAUAGCCACUCACCCCCCCCCACCACAAAUGCGCGCAUGCGCGCGCGGACGCACACGCGCACACACACACACACACGCGCGUACAGAGGUGAACAGCAACUACAGCUUUUUGUCCAUUACUGCACGGGGCUCUGCCAAACCGGGCUAGUGUUCCACCUUGCAAAACACAAAUACAUUUUUUUUAAAUCAUGAAAGUUAAAAAGACAAAAAAAAUAAAAAUAAAGAAUCCAUUGAUAAUUCUAACUCAGACUUUAACAAUGGCAGAAGUUUACUAUGCGCAGAUACUGUGAAAUGCCCACCAGUGUUACAGCUUUCUGUUAUAGCAGAUUAAUGCCAUGUUGGGCAACUAUGUCAUAGAUUUCUGCUCCUCUCUUUUAAUGAAAUAACGUGACCGUUAACGCAAGUAACUUUAUUUAUUGUUCACCCUUUUUUUCCUUAAGGAAAGGACUCUUCCACAUACUGCCCUAUGAACAGCUCUUCAGAAAGCCCCUUGAAGUUAAACUAUUUAACGUGAAAUCCAUUAACUGGAAUAAUUAAGUUUCUUUAUUUUUACAAUAAACUCACUGAGUAAAUAAGUUGGAGCUGGAAUUCUGAGCUUUGUGUUUGGACUGUCUGGUCUCAAUCUAAAAAGAAAAAGUUAAGAGGGGAAUAUUUAUUUAAAUCUACCAGUUAAUUUGCUGGUGAGGUCUCUGUUCCUAUAACAUGCAAAAAAUUAGUUUAGAAGUCCUUCCAGAUCCUAACUUGUAAAGCAACCAGGAGAGGAACUUUUAGAAUGGCACAUCCAUGUCCCAUUGCUGCCAACAUGGCUUUGUCAGUGGUUCCUCCUUUCUGUGAAGACACCAGCUUGUGAUACGCCAUCUCAUUUCACCUUGCAUGUGAGACAGCAAACAAAAUCCACAAACGGUGUGAACUAAUUAAUACGCUGGCUGCUAUCUUGCAUAAAUUAAUGGUUUGAUCACACGGGUUUUUCGUGGGGUUACAUCUGUGAAUAGCCUAUUUUCCACGUGUAAAUUUGUGCCUUACACCCUGAGUUGUGUACACUUGUAAACUGUCGUUAUGAUAAACCUUUUUCCCCUUUUGAGAUACAGAUAUUUAUUUAACCCUCCCUCCCCCCACCCUCACUCCAGCCCUCUGGAAAAUUAGCAUCCAGCAGAUGGAAGCAGAAUGCAGUGGUGAUGCUUAUAAUCUCGAAGCCUGGGCAAGGUGGGCGCACAACACCCUCCAAUUCACACUUUCUUCUAGUUGUGCCAACUCCAACCACCCUUUGGCCAUGCUGCCAAGCAUGGACCCCAGUGUUGUGGGUGGCAAAUCCCCUUCCUUUCUCCCUUCAGAGCUCCCUGUUUCCCUUGGAUUCUCAGAUCAUUUCAACAUGGGGAUAUCUUCAUUAACCAAUAGAGAAAGGACUAAAAAGUCUCAGUCCUCAUUUCUGCCAUGUCCACUGGCUGGAGAAUACUGUGUGCAGUUGGGCAGGCACCUGGGAGGAGUAUCCGAGCAGUGUGCUCAGUGCACAGGAGCAAUGCACACAAAGAAAUGACAUGGAAAUAGAUGCAGGCAGGCUGGUCCCUGCUGUGAUUAAUGAGUAACUCUUAAGUACAAGGCCAAUCACAAUGGAUGCUGCAAAAACCUUGACUGGGGCAAAAGAUUUUUAAUUUUUUUUUUAUUUCUUUAUCCUUUUGUUGUUAUGCUUUGUAGGGGGUUGGGGUGUGUUUUUCCCCUUGGUUUUCAUUAGCUCAAGCACAGAGAAGGGACGUUUGUUUACUCUAUCACGAACAAAGGAAUUGUCAACGUACUGUAAACCGUGAGCAUUUCGUUAUUGUUUUUAAAUGGUUAAACAUUUGGUGGUCUCUUUGUCUCUUUAUUUCCAGUUUGAUCUGGGUUUAGUUUUGUCUUUUAAAAUACUUUCAGAAAAACACUUUUGAGUUGGUCGGUGAAAAAGCAGUGCUUCCAUCCAUAAUCAGAGUGAGACUUGGGUGUAUAGCAAGGUCGCGUGCACAGUCUUUUGUUCCAAACGUCCCUUGAUGUUUUGCUGUUGUUUGGGGUAGGUUUUUGUUUUUUUGUUGUUUUUGUGUUAUGGUUUUGUUUGGUUUUGUUAGUGGAAUCAACAUUUGCAUCCUGUGAACCCUACCCUGAAACCAUGAAAUCUUUCUAGAAAUUGAGGUAUUGUUUUUUUCCCUUGAACUUUCUUUAAAAUGCAGGACUUAAGAAGGUGAUGGGUAUAUAUCGCCCUGCUAUCUUCUCCCCAAAACCUGAGUCACAAGAGUAUUGACAAUGCAGCCCCUACUCUCAUCCCCAUGUGGGCAUCAUUGCCUCAGCUGUGUUACAGAGACCUGUGUCAAAAUUCCAUCCCACAGCCCUACAUCCCAUAACCCAUCACUUGUGGUGUUAACCCUAAAAUUCCCACAUGUGUUGAGCUGGUCUUCUGCAUUUAAGUAUUUUUUCACCUUUUCUUUAUUUCUCCACUGUGUGUGGGGGGAGGGUCCAUAAACCUGAGUGUGCCUUUGCUUUCCACCCUUGCUAGACACUGGUAGAUGCAACAAACUCAGAUUUAUAUUUGUUGUAAAGUUGUAAAAAUAUUGUGAUGUCACCAAUUUUCCUUCCAUCUCCACACCCCCUAACAUCUGAUUCACAACUUAAUGUAUGUUGUAAAAAAGAAAAGACAAAAGGGAAAAAGACAAAAAAAAAAAAAGCAAGGAAAAGGCUCUUUAUUACUUAAAAGUAAUAAAACAAGACUGUUCAUUAU